AUGACGUCGCCCACGUCGCCCAAGCAGACCAAGCUGCGACCGAUCCACAACCCCAACGUGGACCACGCCGACCUCGACGACAUCGGCGACACGUACCGCACCCUCAAGCAGGGCGACAAGAAGCUGCGCGGCGAGGGAACCUCGCACUGGAUCGCACACGCCGAGGACAACGACCAGAGGACCGAGCGCAAGGCCGAAAAGGUGCCCGUCAAGAAGAACGCAGAGGUGCCCGUCCGCCUCCAGAAGAACCACCCACCGGACAAGGCUAAAAAGAUGCUCGAGGUGACCCAGGGCUUUAAAAAGGGCGCUUGA